AAUCCACAGCAGCAGACAGCUGGGACGGACACAGGGACACUCAGACAGGACUCUGUCUGCAGCGUCUAACACAAGAUGAGAAAUGGUAAUUACCAUUACAGUAACCAACGAGACCCCUUACAUCUGGUACCACUCUUAUGAAAAAGACAAGAGUGGGACAAAACUGAACCCACAUGGUUCAGCAACAGGAAGAUGGCCUUUAGGAUUUUCUUUGUUGAAAUAUCCAUUUCGAUUGUUUGAUGCUGUUCUGGACAGAGGUGUCUACCUUAGCUAUGGAAACCACUCCAAUUGGGACCUCCACUCUGACAAUCGCAUCGAUGAUUUCACUGUAAGAGAGAGCGAUAAUCGGGAACACUUUGAGCUGGUCAACAGUUCUGAUGAAGUGGUUGACCGCUGUCCCAACUAUGCAAGAAUCGAAGAAGAGAAACGAGAAAGAGAAGAACGCAAAAGACGGCAACAAGAAGAGAAACGUCAGAGGGAAGAAGAGGAGCAGAGGCGCCAGGCAGAGCUGGAACGAAAAAAACAGAUCCAGGAGGAGACAAAGAGGAGACAAGAACAGGAACGCAGAGAACGGGAACGCAGAGAACGGGAACGCAGAGAACGGGAACGCAGAGAACGAGAACGCAGAGAACAUGUACGACAAGAACAAGAACAGGCACGACUGAAACUUGAAAGGCAAGAACGUGAACUACGAGAAUGGGAACAAUGGAAGAAACGACAAAAUGAACUGCAGAGAAAAAGGCAAGAAGAGGAGAAAAGACGCCUGGCAGAGCUGGAGCAAGCCAGGAGAAUUCAAGAGCAGAUUGACUGGGAGAACAAAGCCUCCAAGAGAAAGAUCAGAAAAGCUCAGGAAAGACUUCAAGAGCAGGAACAAGCCAAAGCUCGAGAACACCAGCAGCAAAAGACUGAAGUACUGUACCAGUUGCUUGACGAUCAUACAGCUCACAUAGGGAGGGAUGAGUUCAGUGAUGUGCAGAAACGAUUUGAAGAACUUCUGUCAAGCUACCAAAUCAAAGAGAAAGAGAAGUCAAAGAUGAACCUUGAAGACAGAAUGAAGUCUCUCCAAAAUGUACUGAUGUUAAAUUACCUGGAACAGCACAACAUCCCCAUCUGGUCACAGUGGGCUUUGGAUCAGGCCACUGGAUAUGUGAAUCUGUCCCUGACUGAGCGCUUCAAUGUUCUGGAGGCUGUUGUCAAAGUUACUCUGGAGGGUGAGCCUGAUUUUCAGUCUGAGUACAGAACUGGACAAGACCAAAAAAACAAAUUCUUUCUCAGUUUGGAAGAUCAGCUGCAGAUUUCUAAUCCAACUCUAGCCAGACGGGUUUUAGUAAAUAUUCUUGAAAUUACUUCAAAGUUACCAAAACAAGGCAAGGAGAUCCUCAGUCAAAUACUUUUCAACAACAUCUGGAUUCCAAAAGAAAUCAAGCUGUUCAUUGGACGGACGUUGGGCAUGGAUCAGGAAAAAGCCUCAAACAUCCUUCACUGGGUAUGCACCUAUAGAGUAAACUGCAUACUGGCUGUCUCUGCACUGAAUCACAAAGAUCCCAUAGGAUAUAUUCAAGACUAUAUAUUAUGUGAGGAGGACAAAGAUCAUGAGACUAUCCUGAGUGAAAUGCAAGAAAAUAACUAUCCAGAAGAUCUCCUGUCACAACUGGAAGACGCUCUUCAAUACGUUGAGGCCGUGUUGCCCAGAUGUAAAGGAGUGGACCUUGAAUCAGACUUGAUUGAAGACUGUAAAGAGUGGAUAGUUUCAAUAGAUUUUUCCAAGCCUGACACUGACAUGUUAAAGAACAUCCUCAUUGUCAUGUCCAUAGCCGUGAAGUCAUGCACAGCCUUCAUCACCUCCAGUGGAAAGAGCGUUCAGGGAUACUUUCCCAGACUGACUCAGCUUGCAUCAUUACUGCUGCUACUGCUACAGCAGUCCCAGGACAAUCAAGGAUGCCUCUUGGAAAUCGGAACUGGUGAGGGUAAGACCUGCAUCUUAGCCAUGUUUGCCACCAUACAGGCGAUACGAGGUACUGCAGUGGAUGUUGUGACCAGCUCCCCUUUGCUUGCCAUUCGUGAUCAAGAGGAGUGGAAAAAACUCUAUGCAAUUUUUGGUGUGACCUCAUCAACUGUUCCUCCACAACACCAAACUAAAAGUUCAUUUGAAGACCAUGACAAGCUCCUUGAAGAAGCUUAUUCUAUGCAAGUAGUGUAUGGCACUGUUUGUACUUUUGCUGCAGACAUACUGAGGCAGGAGUUUGAGAAGAAAACAACUCGAGGACAGAGAAAGUUUGAUUGUGUGAUUGUGGAUGAAGUGGAUUACAUGACAUUGGACAGUGGAGUUCAAGUGACCUUCUUGUCACAUCAAGCCAGUGGGCUAAGACACCUGGAACAAGUCCUGGCAAGCAUCUGGGCCUUGAUGUCUACCUGCCGACCAAUAGAAAUAUUUGAAACAGGUGAGAUCCAAUGGGGAACUAGGAUCCAGUACUGUCACAAGGUUGCCAAGCAAGCUGUGGUUGGCUCAGAAUCAAACUUUUCAGAAGAUGACAUACUGUUGCUGGGUGUGAAGCUGGGCCUUUAUUCUCAGGAGGAUCUCAAUAAGGUAAUUGAAGCAAUGAGUCAAACUCAGACAGAGAAAGACAGCUUUGAAGAUCCCACAUUGCAAGUCAUUGGAAGCAUCAUGGCCAAGUUGGGACAUCAGCAGCAGCAUGAGCUGUUCAGGGAACUUGAGACAGCAGUACUUGAUGGCGUGGUGGUGGACUGUUACUCACUAGUAAACAACAAAGCCAAGCGCUUUGGUAAAGAGGAUUCUUCCGCGGACCCUGAUGUCAGGAUUCUUCUUCUGCAGAACGGAUGUGCCUGUGAAAUCAUGUCUGAGAAAUCACUCAUUGAAUCAACUCUUGAAAAACUGAAAUCCAAAAUCAGAUUUUCUGAUGAGUGCUCGUUGAAGUCAGUGGAGAAAACUCAGGGAUAUAUUGUGAUUCCAUCUUUAUUGAAAGAGUAUUUUGAGAACCAGUUGCCCGUUUUUGCAGAGAAUGCCUUGAGAGCCAUUCAGAUGGUGCUAGACAGAGAAUACAUGAUUGAAAAGACACCAGAGGUUGACAGGUCUGGUUUCUGUAGUGGGGACUCUCAUCACUACGAUGCCAUAAUUCCUGUAGACUUCCAGGCCAGUGGGGUACUAGAGAAAAACAAGCGCUGGGGUGAGGGCCUGCAACAAUUUUUGGAGAUGAAACACCAACUGGCAAUUUCACAAUUAUCUAAUGUCACAAACUACAUGUCAAAUGUCCACUUCUUUAAAAAGUACAAAGGGAUUUUUGGAGUCUCUGGGACAUUAGGGGGCGAAGCAGAGAAAGCAUUUCUAAAACGGCAGUACAAAACAGCCAGUUAUAUCAUUCCUGCGCACCGUCAUAAAAAGCUUGUAGAACUGCCAGCAGUUCAGGUUUCUGGAGGAAAAACUGAGUGGAUCCAGGUCAUCUGCGAGACCACAUGGAGAGUUGCAGACAGGGGGCAGGUUGUUUUAAUAAUCUGUGAAGAUGUCAAGACUGCCAAGGAGCUGAAGGGUAAAGUACAGGUUCAAAAAAGACACUCUGCUAAGAUCACCAUGUACACGAUUAGCGAAAAGCACAACAUUGAAAAGGAGACUUUCAGAAAGGGACACAUCAUCAUAGCUACAAACCUUGGAGGCAGAGGAACAGACAUACAUGUUCACCAAGAAGUCAAUGAGUGUGGGGGUCUCUUUGUACUUCUCACAUACUUCCCUGGAAGUUACCGUGUAGAGAGACAGGUGUUUGGACGCACCGCCCGCAAAGGAAACCCAGGAAUGGCACAGAUGAUACUGAACCAGGAUCUUCUGGCACCAGCAUACCAAGGCCACUCAGUGGAAACCAUGAGACAACUCAGAGAGGACUAUGAAGUCAGACGUUUGGGUGGUAUGGAGAAAAAUGAGCUGCUUCAAAUUGAAAUGAAGGAAAGUCUGUUCUCCAGAUUUUGUGAGUUUCUCUGUGGCUUUGACAAGCGUUACACAGAAGAGGAAAGGAUGGAUAUCAAAAAGCUGAAGUCAAAAGAUCUUCCUGAGUGUUUUAGGAGCCAUCGUCAAAAGUUUGAUUAUGAGACUGCGAUAAAUGCUUUGAAAGAGUCAUGGGCCUUGUGGCUCAUCCUCCAUGAAGAGCACUUCAGCAAGCAUGAUGAUAUCCAACUCCUGACAGAAAACCUUAUGGAGGGGUUGAAGAAGACUGCCAAUCAAAUCUUAAAGGGGAGGAGCAACAAUUUCUAUGACUACAUAAAACUGGCAAAAAGCAGAACUGACAUACACCGCAGCAACAAAAAGGAAAGCGACUUUGGAGCAUUGCUGUACUGGCAGAGUGCUGUGCAGUGUGAUCCUUUCUACAGUGCUGUGGCACUUUAUAACCAGGCAUACAUCACAGUCAACCUGCAAAGGAGCGGCUACAAAGAGGAAGCAAAGCAGUUAUUGGAAAAAGCAAAGACUGCAGUGGAUGUGUACCUGUCAGAAUCAACAAACACUAUGAUGUUUUGUAAUUUGACUGUGAGUAAUGACUUUUUACCCCACCACAAAGACAGCAACCUUCAGAACCAAAUGAAAGCGAGAAUGAGUGUCUUCAAAAGUUGGAAAGGAUACAUUGACAAUGCCCUGAAAGCCCUCCAGCACAUCGAGAAAAGCAAAGGAGAGGCUAUCUUAGAAGACUCCAGUGUUUACAGUCUUUCCAAAAACAAAGACCCAAUCACCAGGAAUGAACUAAUGGUACUUCAUGAGUUUGGUCUCUGCAUCGUGUUUGAGGUUAAAAAGAAGCCAGAGUUUUCCAUGGAUGCCUUUGCUUGUUUUUGCCUUGGAGUUGUCCAAGUGGCAGCAGGUGUUCUUGUUUGUGCUCUGUCCUAUGGAAGCGCCAGCCAGUUUGGGCUUGGACUCAUCAGUGAAGGGGUUUCGGACAUGAUUCACGGUAUAAAGGGAAUGAUACAAGGAAGCUUUGACUGGGCGGAGUGGGCAAUCUCCAAAGCCAUCAGCAUUGGGGUGUCUCUGUUCUUUGGUGGACUGAGCAAACUCAAGGGAGCUGUAAGGUCUGUACAAAGUGGUGCCAAAGGUCUGGUUGCUGGGGCUAAAUGUAGCUCUGUCUUCACAGUAAAAGAGUGCUGUAAACAUGCAGGGAAAUUUGCUGUUCAAGAAUUGGCAAAGCAGGGAUGUGUCGCUGCACUGAGCUACACUGUCAGCAGUGCACUUCCAGCUUUGUUUAAAAGGAUUCUGAAUGAGGCCUUCAGGAAGAAAGUCUUUACAAUGAUAAAAGCUAAUAGUCGCUUGGAUUCUGCUCUCACAAACUUCAUUUGUUCAGUAGUACCAAAGACGGCUAUGGAGCAGAACUUCACCAACUUCACAAUUGACAGGAAUUGUGAGAAUGAAAUCCGUCGAUCAGUGGACGUGAUGACGCGAGACAUAAUCCCUGACCUGAUGAUGGAUUGCACCCAGGUUGGUAAAGUUCUUGAUACCCUGUCAGAGGUCUGUGGUUCUGUGGCACGACACAUGGACAAACAGAAAGAGAUGAAAGUCCUGAUUAAGCUUUUGGAGUCAGCUCAGUAUAUCAAACAUUGUGUACAAAUCUUGAAUUCAUUUCCCACAGAAGAUGUAAUUCAUAAAACUUUUGUACCUGAGUUGUUGAAAAGCCUGGAUCAGCUGCCACAGGAAAAGUAUGAUAAGGAUGGAAGACACUCACUAGCUGAUGUGAAGAGGCUUAAAAAAGACCUACUCGACAUUAUAGCUACAAGUGUUUCAGAGUCAUUUGUUGAAGCUUGUUCAAGACACAUGACCUCCAUCAUCACCAGAACCUGCAUGACUCAAAUUAACAGCACUGCUAGUAGUGCUGUUGGGAACCUACUGGGCAGGGCUAAUACUCAAGGUUUCUUUGACAACCAGCUGCAUAAACACCAAAUGAAGGAGGCCAUCCGCAGACCAUGUGAAUCUCUAUCAGAGGAGGGCAAAAAGGACCUUCAUUGUUACAUAGAGGAGGUUUGUGAUGUUGAUCGUCCUGCUUCAGCUUUGGACAUCCAUGUCCUCACUCAAAGUGACGCUCUCCAGGGCAAAGGCAUCAGAGUUAUAGUUGUGGACAAAGAUAAGAAGAAGCUUUCUGAGGAUUACUUUCCAGGAAAGGACAGUUCUGCAGGUGAUAUUGUCCUCCAACUGAGCAAAGACCCAGAAACACAAAAACAGACGUUUGCAGAACGGCUUACUGGUGAAACGAGGCCCUACAGCGGACAUUUCGACAUUGUGAAGCAAGAUGGCGCUGUGAUUCCAGUGAACUCUUCAGAUAUGAACUGCUUCUAUCAUGCUGUGGUACAAGCCACCAGCUGCAGUACCGUUGACCACCAACAGAGGGCAGUGCAGCUUCGAAAUGAAGUGAAGAAUAUGCUGCUUCGGGACACAGAAAGAUACGCACCAGCCAUGAACCUGCAGAGAGGAUAUGAAGAAACCCACAAACACCUGGAUAAAUACGUCAUCAGUGGAGGAGGCAGGAAGACGCAGCAGGUCAGCAGAAAAACCUUUCGGGAGAAACUAAACACUACAGACACGCAGGAUUUACCGGAGCAUGAGGCCAACCUGAUAAAAACGUACGACCUGGGUCUGGUUGGAAGGUUUGAUGACAUCAAGGGCCUGCGGAAGACAAACAGACCCAAUGCUGAUAACAACAACCGAAGCUCUACUGUGAAUGCAGACCACAUCCCACCUAUCAACACCUUCCAGAGAGCUCAUGAGAUGCUGCAAAAACCCGAGAAUGAAGCCCAGAGGGACUGGCUGAAAACAAACAACCCUAAGCUUUAUGCCAUGUUUGAUAAAACCGGAAAGCGUGGGCUCUGCAGAGAGGUUCUCACCGAACAUCACAAGCAGGCGCUGACCACCGGAAACAGCAAGGGGUCUCACAAAGUCAGGGAAAAGAUCGCUGAAGCUCUGGUUUCUGGUGAUGUUCAUAAAGCGAUGAAGAUGUCCUUAAUAGCUGCCAAUCCAGAGAUGUCGGAGUCUCUCCGGAGAGAUGCAGGAAUUUAUCGGCAAAAUAAAAGACCUGAUGUCAUGUCCCCCAAAGCCACCAGGACAUAUCACGAGAUUGGAGACAAACUGCUGGUGGAUAAAUACUAUGAGAUGGGCGUCAUCGAUCAGAGGUCUAAGGAUGAUCUUCAUCAAUGGACAAAGUCCCAGCUUUACUCCAAAAAUUCAGCAGAAUAUCAUGAACUGCUGCACUGGCUGAAGCAGCCACGCCUUUAGAUAUGAGACUGGAAACGGGAAUCUGGUUGAACUGGGAAUGAUUCCAUGCAACCAAAGCUCAACAGACAGAGGAACGUCUGAAGCAAAGGACAGCAUGAAAACAUGUAUCAAAAGUUUGCUUCGGAAAUAACUUUAUAUUUAAAUCACAAGAGGAACAUUUAUAUUUAAAUAUGAAUGAUGACGCUGCUGCUGGAUCAACCUGCAGACCGCUCAGUUCUGGAACCUGAUUCUGGUUCCAGAACCAAACAUGGAGAAGCAGCAUUCAGCUUCUAUGCUCCGCAGAUCUGGAACAAACCUUGUUAGCUUGCAGUCGUAGCGUUUUCUAUUAAUAGCAAAACAUUGCAUCCCUUUUUCAGAUUAUUUCCAUAAUUGGAAAUGCCAAAAAAAAACAUGUUUAACAUUGUUGAGAAUAUAAGUUUGGUUAGCAUAACUUUAGAGACAGUCAACCUUUAUGCAUAUGCAAUAUUAGAUGUAGCAUGAACAUUUUGAGUAGAUUCUGUUAGGUAAACUUAGAUAAAGAUCCAAACUAAAACAACUGCUGAUUCUGAACUCACAUAAAUUACUAAGGAGGGCCUUCAGACAGGCGAGUGUUGUACUCCCUUUGGCACAGGGAGUCUGUUAUCAGGAUGAGUAAAAUUCUGAUAACAGACUCCCUGAUAACAGAUAUGUCCUUUAAGCAUUAACAGCAUGUUCUGAAUUAGUUAGUCUCUAACCAUACUAUUUGCAUGCAUUUUAUAUUACUGAAAUACAAUAGGAAACUAUUUUGCUUCUAAAAUAUUUCAGGUAUCCUAAAAGAGCUUUUCUAAAAGUAGACAACCCUGCAGUUUUUAGAUCUAAACUCAUAGUUAUUAUUUGGCCUUAGAUUUUUGUGCCAGUUUGUUUAAAAUAGAAAUCAGUUUCUUGUUGAAUCACUGAGGCAGAAAACCACCAGGCCUAGUUGCAGGUUAUAAAUUCUGGUCUGGAAUGUUUAAGGGAGGAGACAGGUACGGGAAGACUCUGGUGGAGAAUGACUUUUGUUCUCUCCAUAUAUUUGCCUUUGGAUUUUAACAAACAAGGUAAUGAAAUUAACAUUAAACAGCCAUACAAGGGGGGGGACACACCUUCUAAUGCAUAUAUUUAAAUUAAGGGAAUACACAUCCUUAUAAAAAGUUUUGUUUUACAGCAGAAGGUCGAAUUGCUUUGUGCCCGAGGGAGCAAUUCCCAAAAAUGCAUCUUUGUCUUUCCUUUUCAACUCGUUGCAGGUAAUUCUAUGUUUUGUCAUGUGUUGGACUCCUUGAUGAUCUGGGUGUAAUGCUAAUGUAACAUUCUGUAUGCAUUGAAUUCUCUGGAUAAAGCUCUAGAUAUAUCUGAAGUCUGAUGUCGAAUGGUUGUUUCUUUAUUAUUUUCCCUGCACAUGCAGAGUCCCUGGAUCUGGGAAACUAGAGGAAAAAUAGCGAGCAAAGUGAAGUUAUUCCUCUAAGUUUUAACAACAUCCAAAGGAAUAAAUAUAUUAUAUUUCCGACUGAAGAAAAUAUUGAAGUCACACCAAAAAGAUUUGCUGAAAGAGCAUUCCCAAAAAAGAUGGUUUAAUGUUUCUUGUUCAAUGUGACUAAAGGAACAACGAGGAUCAAUAUUUGGAAUAUAUUCAUUCAGUGCUGAAUUUACAGUGUAAAAUUUUAAGAGACACCUCUCGUACUUUGAGACAAAAAACUUUCUUGGCAAAAACCAUGCUUGCUCCCAAUCAACAUCUGAAUAAAGAUUGUUUUAAAAGAAUCACACAGAGCCGGACCUGCAAAGAAUCUUUUGCAGGUCCGAUUGGAUCUGUCAUUGGGGCUGGUGUGGGAUUAGCAGUGGGAGCCAUAGCUGCUGCUGUGAAAAAGGAUGCCUGUGUCAUACAGUAAAUAUGGUUCAAUUAUAAUUAGAGCCAUCUUAUCAUAAACACAUCACGCUUUUUACUGCAUGCAUCAUUUCACUAAGCAUCUAUAUUUAAUUUUAGAGAAGUGUCACUAAUGACUGAUGAUGUCAUCACUGAUGAUCUCACUGAAUGUGGGGAUGAUGUCAUUGCAACUCAAAGCACCAGUGUGAAACUUUAAUGAAAAUGAUUUUUGCAUGUUUGUUCAACCUAUCACCAUGUCAUGACAUUAGAAGGUGAUGCAGAUAAUCUGUGAAAAGAUCGAGCUGUUGCAGUCUGAAGAAAACCAUCACUCACAACCACAACAACCAAUUAGAGCCAGGAGGAGGGGCUUUGUGCUGUCCAGCAUGUUCAUGCACUCACUGCUAAAUGUGGUAGGAAAUACAGCCUUAUGAUACAGGAAAACAGUUUAUCUGCCAUUAUUGGUAGCUAUGCUAGCCAGCCUCAGGCUUUAGGGCUAUGAUGAAGCAGAGAGAAAAGAGUAGGGUGUGAGCAGCACAUACAUGACGGUGAUGGACAGCGAUAAGACCCGCGCCAUGGCUCUGAUUGGUUGUUUCUAAUGUGUAUUUCUGACAGCCUGAGAAACAAAGCGGAUGGUUCAGUUUGUUCAGAUUGUCUCAUACUUUCACAUCAUUUCCACUCUUUCAACAAACAUAUAAAAAAACAUCUGUGAUAUAAGUUAGAUACUGCUGGUUUAAUGGAGGUAAUUGAUUUAUGACCAAUAUAAUUAUAUUUUUCAUUUUUAUGUCUUAUUUUUAUGUUUUAUCAACCAAAACUUCCCACUUAUAAAAUAAGCUGAACUCUGUGCAUCAUUAAUUAAACAUGAUCGAUGUUCAUAUCUUCAUAUUCAGUCAACCAGAACAAUGAGAGCCAUCUGUCUACAUUAAACAUUUUUAAUUAUUUGAUGUAAUAUUCUAAUUAUAAAUGUUAUGUUUUUAUUGAAGAUCAUCACAAUUCACAGGAAUAGAGGCAUUAAUGCAAACAUUGUGUUUCACUCAGUGAUGAAGUUACCAGACUAAAUGAAUACAUUAACUUUCAAAUAAUAUUCUAGCUUACUAAAUAUGGCUGAAUCUGGAAUGCUUGUAAUGACUAAAUGAACUGAUUUCAUGUUUCUGUGUAAACUGGAUGUUUGUGCAUUGAAUACAUUUACUUAGAACAGUCUAUGUACAACAAACUGUGUGAAAACUGUUAAUUAAAGCUUUUUUCAUGCUUUUGUAGGAGGAGUCAUGUUAGAGGACAUGUUGUGAAACGCUGGCAUCAAACCGUUUGUGUGCUUUUUCCUGCAGCUCCUGUUUGUGACGCUAAUAAAGCAGAUCUCCCUGAAA